UUGACUUAAAGAUGUCACUUUAGAAAUAUGUGAAUAGAAAUCAAAUUAGAAAUUUUCGAUGUAAAAUUAUUAAAUGUGUAGUUACGUUUACUGAAUCAUCAAAUGCAGGAAACGAGUCCAAACGAUAACAUACAUCCAGAUUGCGUGACUUGUUGUGAUAAAUCCAAACGUAUACAAUAUGCAGACGAAGCUCGUGACUAUAUGAAUAAGUGUAUUAUUAAAAAUGUAACAAAACCACAAGAUGUCUUCAAUGCUGACAAAGAUGUGGAGACGUGUCGUAAGAAGAGUUCAGAUGACAACGAAGAAUUACGGCGACGAGCAUUCGCGCUAUACAAAAACUAUGUAGAAAGUAGAAAAGAAGGCGGUAAAUGUCCAACAUGUGUUUAUAUCGGACCUGGAGGCGAAAAGGUUUUAUUCAAAGGUGAUGCUCUGAAGAACGAGGAUAUUUAUUGUGAUUACGAUCCGUCAUUCAAUCACUUUCUAUCUGUUGCUUUUAUGAUAUUAUUUGUUAUGCUUUUGUUUACGUCCGGGUUCAUUUAUGUUGUUGCAAAUACGAAAUCUUUAAAGGAAUUUUUUCGGAGUUUUAUUUUGUAUUUCGCUAUUCCUGGAUCGAUCGUAGUAAUUGGGUUAAAUUUUUCAAUGUGCUACUUCAAAUGUUCAAGACUAGUUCCUUGCAAUUUUAUUUACAUUCUGCUAGCGGUGAUCACAUACAGUAUAUUGGCGGGCUUGUUGACUGCGUUACUCGAGACCACUGUAAUAUUUUUUAUGUUUGCCGCUACAACUGUUGUUGUGUUAUUUUGGAUAAUAUUAGGGUUCACACGAUAUAACUUCAAGGAAUGGUCGCUAUAUCUGUACACGAUAUUUCUUGAAAUCGCCGCUGUUAUUGCUUUAGUCUUUGUGUUCAGAACAUUUACUAAACUACGAUACGGUUUGGUACAAUUUUUUAUCGCUCUUUGCUGUACAAUGCUGUACGAUGUGAUAAUGGUGAUGAACCUACAGAUGAUAUUAUCUGGUAGGAUAAUGGAACUGGAUGAAACAGAUUUUGCGAUAGCUGGGAUACUAAUGUAUACGUCACUAGUGGAGUUAUUCUGGUCUUUGAUUCAAGUUACAGGACUGUAUGACAAAUGUUCAUAAAUGUUUAAGCUGUAAAACUUUUGUUUUUUUA